AUGGAAUUGGAGUUCUACAGGAGAACCACGGGAAUGGUUUUACAGAGAUACAGGCUGCGAAUGUUCCCAGUGCAAAAGCCAUGUGAAAAAAUAAAGAUCUGGAGAGGCAAAAUAUUUUUGGAAAAGAACAUGGAAGAAGAACCAGCUAUGAGUUGGAAGAGUGAAUGCUUGAGGCCAAGGUCAGGCAUAGACGACUGCUGCUACAUAUGGUUCAUUCGUGGAAGGUGUGUGCAAGUACCCAGAGAGGUCAGAAGGGAGCAUCAUAUUCCCAAGAGUGGAGAUACAGGCAUUUGUGAACUGACUGAUGUUGGGAUCCGAACUCUGUCCUCUAUAGACCAGCUCUUACCCACUGAGCCAUCUCUCCAGCCCCCUCAUGUGAUUUUAAAAUAUUCCACAUCCUUCCAGAGUGGUUUCAGUGUCGUCCAGCUGCAUCAAGCUUUCACACAAAGGUUUCAGCAAAGCGCUCCCAGAGCCUGCUUCAGAAUCCUUGUCCACAGGAAGACAACAGCAACAAGAAAGUCGUGUAAACUUUCCAGAACAUGCCCAGAGCUAGAACAUGGGAUAUAGAAGUUGUUAUGGGCCCAAAUUUUUCACAUAAGAAUUGGAAAUGAUAGAACACAAAGAAAAACAAACAGAGGGAGGCCGCCUAAUGCAGAGCAGAUGGGACUGCAGGCUGCUAAGCAUUUCAACAGCUUUCCUUUCGACCUCUGGACUCAGGAUGACUGAGGGCUGGCUCCCUCAGCUAAAAAUAAAGGCGGCACCAUGGGAGAAACCAUAAACACCACUGCUUUGAUUUCUACGGGGUGAUGAAGUUUACAAGAACCUACUGUAUUCUGUGACAGGGCAGCAGAGAUGGGGAUAGUUGAUCUGAAAGCCUCUUCUCUGUCCCAGGUCCUGCCUCCAGGUUCCUGUCCUCAAUUCCUGCUUUGGCUUCCCUCAGUGAUGAUCUGUCAUUUGGAAGAGUAAGAUGCAACAUACCCUUUCCUCCCUAACUUGGUUUUGGUCAGUGUUUUUGUCGCAGCAACAGAAAGCAAACUAGGACACUAGGUAAGCACUGAGCAACACCCAGCCUUCAUCUGCAGUGUGGAUGCUCGCCUCUCUCAAUAGGCAACUUGUCAUGAUCUACGAGGAGCCGAUGCUCCCAGAAACAGACAGAAAACGUUUCCUUCCAGGCUUACUGAGACCACCUGCAGAGGAGAAGGCAUUGCCAUCUUUAGAAGUGAAACCUGAACAUUUCUAUUAAGAAAACUUUCAGGGGCUUCUAUUGCCCUUUGGAUAAAUCUUUUCCUGGUUUUCCAGGUUCUUCCACCUUCUCUCCACCUGUUCUUAUGCAGUGACUUGUGAAGGACGGGACUUUCCAAGAAUGGGAGAAUCUUGGACUCUAUCUUGGGGGUAAUCAGCAGCUGUCCAGUUGGACUUAAGACACACUCCGUGGGUGGGAAUUCAUGUGUGGUACAGUAAACACAGCCGAGUACACAUAACUGGAGAGGUCACAGACUCUAGAGAAAAACUUCCUUCUGCCACUUUCCUAGACCAAAAUAAUUUCUUACUAUAUUCUAAAUACAUACCCUCAUUUAAAGAUAAGCAUACCUCUCCUCAUCAAAGAAGUUACUUUUUGCAACAGGUGGAGACUAUUAACAGAGUUCCAAAACUGGUCAAAGGCAGUGAAUAAGUAUCUGUGAGGUGCCUAGCUCUACACCUAAGGCUCAG